UACAAGGUGUUUUAUUUUCCUCAAGGACCAAGGAUUGGAUACACUUAAAAAAUUCAUUAAAAAUUCUGAAGCUAGGAACGAAAGAGUUUUGCUGUGGAUCGGUGUUUGUGGCUGGCUUACAUAGAGAUAUAGGUCCAGAUAUGGAGGCGAUGACUGCUUCCUUAGAGAGGUCUCUUAAAAAUUGUUCCUUAAACCACCAGACAAGCUGUAGGGAAGACGACCCAACCACUGAUGCAGAUGUAGAUGCAGAUGUAGGCAUAGGAAUCUCAUCCAGCUCAGAUGAUGUGCCGGUGCCACUGGAUAAUCAUUUCUCCAACUCUGACACCACUUUAGAGCUCAAUUCCCACAUCUCACUCCCACACCAUUGGGAACAAUGCCUAGAUUUAAAGACGGGGGAAAUUUAUUACAUAAACUGGAAGAACGGGAUGAAAGCAAAGGAGGAUCCAAGAAGGACAUCAGAAUAUAAUGUGAAUAAUAGGUAUUAUGAGUCUGAAGAAGAGAGUCGGUAUGACAGCGAAGAGUCUUCAUCAGAAUCAUGCACUUCUUCAUCCAAAGAGCACUAUGCCCCUCUUUCUUGUGUAGAGAAACAGAAUGUUCUGGUGGUGGCUGGAUGCAAGAGUUGUCUCAUGUAUUUCAUGGUGCCCAAACAGGUUGAAGACUGUCCAAAAUGUAGUGGUCAACUCCUCCACUUCGAUCGAUCCGAAAAUGGCUCCCCAUGAUUAAUUGCCUCUUCCCUUGUCUCAAGUUCCACCUUGUUUUUCCCUUUAUUUUUUUUUUACUUUUUCAACUUUUUGUUCUAUUUUUUCCUUUCUUUUAUUUUUGCUUUUGCUUGCUACCCCUGUGGUGAACUUAUAGUUCUCUCCUUUUGUUUAUUACUAGUAUAUAUAUUUCUCUGCUUUUGCUUUGCACA